CCAGUAGGCUACGUCGUGAUGCAUUACGAUGCUUGGAGGGCUGCGGGUUGUGGAUGUGACAUGGUUUUCUCUGGGAUUUGGUUUCUUCUUGGCUCUCUGUCUCCAUAGGUUCUCACGCCAUGCAGCGGAAUUGGAGAAAUCCCCUUUCAUUCAGCUUUUCCAGGACCUGAUCCGAUACGGGAAAACUAAAACACAGAUAAAGCGGCCGGACUUCCUACGAAGCUUUGAUGUUCCCAAGAGAUGGUUCUGCCAUUUUUACACUGUUUCCAUUGUAUGGAAUGGCCUCCUCCUGGUCCUACUCCUCCAAGCGGUUUUAUUGGAGGAGGGUCUCCCAAAGUGGUUGACUGAUGCACUUGCUUUUUUGAAUGGUGGACAAGCCAACUCAGGCACAGAUCGCCCACUGUCUGUCCUGCUAGUUCACAUCUUGCUAUGGAUCCACAGUCUGAGGCGUCUGUUGGAGUGCCUGUACGUGAGCGUGUUCUCAGAUGGAGUCAUCCACAUAGUCCAGUAUGCAUUUGGCCUGAGUUACUACAUCUUUCUAGGGCUGACUGUGCUCUGUCUGGACAUUCCAGUCUACGAUGAAGGCUUAUCUGUCCUUGGCCAGCUGCAGUGGUGCCAUGCUGGGGGAGUCGUGCUCUUCAUCUGGGCUUCCUGGCUCCAACACCACAGCCUGGCUCUGCUGGCCAGUCUGCGCACCAAAAACACCGGUGCGGUGUCGGCAGUUGGCCAUCAUAUGCCACAUGGGUGCUGGUUUGAGCUGGUCUCCUGCCCUCACUACUUUGCCGAGCUCCUCAUCUACGUCUCCAUGGCCUUGUGCUUGGGUGGCUCUUCGGUGACCUGGUGGCUUGUCGUCCUCUAUGUUUUCUUUAACCAGGCACUAGCAGCUCAACUCUGCCAGGAGUUUUACCAGAGCAAGUUUGAGGACUACCCUCCCCAGCGGAAAGCCUUCAUUCCAUUUGUGUUUUAACCGAAACUCUCCGUGGUUUGUUUAAAAGUGGAUAUGUUAUAACUGGUUAAUUGAUGCAGUAUUUGUUAUCGGUAUGCUAUGCAUUGCUGUUGGAAUAUUUUUAUCUGUUCGUGCAUGAAGCAGCUUUGAAUAUGUUAUGAAUAAAAGAAACAUUUUUGCUUAUGUUUAUCCUAUUUCCAUGUCAAAGGGAAAAAACGAAAAUGUGCAUUAUGAGUUGUAAACAUUGUGGUUGGUAUUGGAAAGUGUUUAUCAGAGGUUGAGGAUGAUUGACAGUGCCAGGUUCUGUGGGAACUGAAGUGCUGUAUGCUACAUAGUCUACUGUUGUGAACAGAUGGAGGCAACGGGCUCAGGUGUCAACGACUAGCCCUGCUCUGACUUGAACUCAGUACUUUUUCUGAGAUUUCUUAAUGUCGUGUGUGUGUGUGUGUGUGUGUGUGUGUGUGUGUGUGUGUGUGUGUGUGUGUGUGUGUGUGUGUGUGUGUGUGUGUGUGUGUGUGUGUGUGUGUGUAUUAUGUUGUGCAUCCUGAAGAUGUGAAUUUGACCCCUGGCCUGCAUUCUUAUUGCAUUUGCUUGAAAUGUUAUUUUUGAUUAGUACUUCCUAAUGGGUGACUGUGUUAUCAUUGUGUUCUUGAUUACGAUAAAACAAAAUUAAAAAGAAGAAAACAUACACACGUGUUAUGUUUGCUUCUUGACAACAAGAAUGGCUUGGGCAAUUGUAAAAGGCUAAGCUAUUCCCAAAUUGUGGGGAUAGACAGCU